CAUCUGAGUCUUUGGUUUGCCAUUCAGACUCAGAGAUGAGCAGCAUGUGCAGUGUGGUGGAUAAGAAAAUCUCACAGUGAGAUCCAUUUGGAAUUAUUUGCUGAAUUGUAUUACUAUCUUUUCCCGUCUUUGUGAUUACACUUUUAUGUGUUUCCCCUACAGCUCUAUACUUCUCCCUUUCCAACCAACCCUAACACUGGUUUAGUGACAUCAAAUGUAGCUUCCCCUUCCUACCAAAUCAUCAGGUCGACUGGGUUUCAAAAGGCAGUGUUUCAGAGUCUGGACUCACACAUCCUCAUAAUCGGCACUGAAAUCAUCAUGGCAGCAGAGGGAAAUCUUGUUUCUGGUGGUGUUAUGUUGCUCCACACUGAAAGUGAAGGAAAACACUCAUAUGAAGUGAAAGGCUUUUUAAACUAUAACAAAGGAACAUUUGCAAGCAAUGGAGAUAAACUUAUAAUGAUAAACAACAAAUAUAUGGAGGAUUUGACUCCGCGGGCAUUUGCUGAGCUCCUGGUUGAAGGAUCACCCUCACUUACCAUACACCAUUCGCCCAAAAGAAAAACCGAAGAGUGUGAAUCUGAGGAAAUCAGUGUCCAUACAAAGGAGCCGACAGUCAUGAGAUUCAGCCUGAUGAUGGUAAGAGAGGAAGAUCUGGAAGCCACUGGAGUUGAACCAUCACCAGAGUGGGAAAGCGAAGACAUUGAGGAUGACUGUUUCAGUGAUGACAAUCUUCUGCUUGUGUCCAUGGCUGGCACAAGAUUCAGUAUGGUCGUUCCUCGAGGCUGUGACCCUGUCAACCCUUGCAACUGCUGUGGAGGGAUGAAUUGCCAGUUUAAUGAAGUUGUUGUCCUGCCUGCGACAGCUGAGAUUACCUUUAAUUCUGCAAGGAUUUUGAAACGGGUUACUGAGCAAACUAAUGUGAUCUUGAAGAGUGUCUUAAUGGGAAAGUAUGUCACCCCAGAAAAUCAGUGGAUGUUUUUGAGGGACACCAUGUCAGCAAAAAUCACCCUCUACUAUUACACUGCCACCAUGGGCCGUGAAGGUGUUCCUGUUGUACUGAACUUCACUGGCACAGAAAACUUCUUCUGCUGUACCACCAAGCAAGGUGAAGAUAAGAAGAUUUUAACACUCGUGAGCCAUAAUAAAAAGGACCUGAUAAACAUCUGUCCUGGUGACCAAGAAAAAUGGCCUCUUGUAUUCUACAUGUCUUCUGAUGGAGACAAUAUUCGGCGUUUUGAAUCAGCUCUUUAUAAAGGAUGGUUUAUUUACACACAAAAAGUAGAUAGUAAUGUAGUGGGCAUGCAAGAAGAUCAGUUUGACAGUAUACAAUGUGCCUUCUCAAUUAUAAUUAUGAGUGAGAAAGGGUCAUGUUGUUGGCAUAAAGUUCACACUUUAACAAAACAGUUUAUGUAUUGCUACCUCCUCCCUUUUAUAGGCUUAAUGAGUGAAUGUUUUGGUAAUGAUGCAAAGAGCCAAUUUUGUCCAAACCCUUCGAUUUUUUCUACUUUUGUGCCUUCCCCGAAAACAUACAGUACCUUCAAUUUUCCCUCCAAAACCUUACGCUGUGGUAUAUCGUGUCUUAUUACUUCCUCUUCCUGCUACACGAAGGCUUCAGACAUUAAAAAAAGCACCAUUCAGAGGCAGGGCUCACACGUUUUGAUAAGCAUCGAGCUCAACAUGGCAGCAGAGAAUGUACAUCAUCCGAGCACUGAAGAAACAGAAGAGUGUGAAUCUGAGGACACCCGAUGCAAUAAAAAGUUGAAGUUCAUAAGAUUCAGCCUGUCGAUUGAAGAUACUGAGAUAGGUGGGCAUCAGGAGCCAUCAGAUGCACAAGCAGAGGGGGAAGAGAAGGACAUUGAGGAUGACUGUUUCGGUGAUGACGAUCCGCUUCAUUCCCUUGCUAACAUGAGCUUGAAUCUGGUUAUUGAUCAAGACUCUGAUGCUGACAACCCUUUCUGCAACUGUGAUCGGCAGUUUAAAGAAAGUGUGAUCAAGUCUGAGAAAGCUGAUAUUUCCUAUAUUUCUGCACAAAUUUGGAAAGUGAUUAAAGAACAAAAAAGUUUAUUCCUGAAGACACGCGAAGGAUGCAAGUAUGUUGCAUCAAGACAAAAUGAGAUAUGUUUGGAGAGCACCAUGUCAGCAAAAAUUACCAUCUUUCAAGGCACCUUCCGUGGCAUGGUCACUAAUGACAGUGAAUCGGGUGUUCCCAUUGUGCUGAACUUCACAGGCACAGAUAACUUCCUGUCCUGCACCAGCAAAGGAGAGGAAAAGAUUUUAACAGUUAAAACGUACGACAGAAAAAAGAUUUCUGCAGAUGACCCAGAAAAAUCAUCCCUCAUUUUCUACAUGUCUCAAAAGCGGGAUGGUCUCCGGUAUUUUGAGUCAGCACUCUACAGAGGAUGGUUCAUUCACACUAUAAAUGAUAUUGGUGUGAAAAUGCAAAGAGGCAAUAAUGCACCCAGCAGUUGCUUUGUCAUUGAGAGAGAGUGAGACCACAAAAUCUACUGAAUAUUAAAUCUUCUUAUUAUAUUUUA